AAAGUUACGUAGACAGCAUAAGUGUUACUAGUGUUUAAGAAGCGGUGGCCCGUCCUUGUUCCGUGCACAAGAGUGUGAACUUUCACUUCAUUUCGAGAACAGCCGUAUCGCCAUAAUCAGUGUUGUUUUGGCGUUGAACACCAUCUUGCUCAAAAAAGGCGCCAGCUGCGAGAGUUAUAUUUUUAUUUAUGUUUAUAACUUUUUGUAUUAUUAGGCGGACAUACGAAAGUAGUUUGUGACUGUUAGGGUAUUUACUAAAAAUAUUCUUAUCAUAUUUAGAUAGUAGCUAAAUCCUCGGCAGUUGUGGCUUAUCUCAGACAUUGGUCUUUAUAGGUUAAUGAUUCAAAUGCCCUAAGGUUUUAACUUUGAUGAAUCAAUAUUAUGUAUAAGAGCAAACAUUUAUAACAGUUAAAAAAUAGUAUUUCGUUUAUUUAUCCCAGCUCCGCCAAGAAUCCCAGAUCUUAAAAAAAUUACAUACUAUGUACGAUUUAUUUUUUUGAAAGCAGGUUUAAUUUUAGUCUUCAACGCAACUCUGAACCAAAUCUACGGGUACAACGAGAGAAGAAAUAACACUUCUAACAUACUGUUUUUGUUUAGUGUGUUUAGCUGCUUGGAUGUCUCCGCACGAAAGACAAUGACGUAUUCGAGUGGAGAUGGGGGAACGGCAGGAUCCUCUAACGAAGUGAUCCUGAGGGAUCCACCAACAGAUGGAAUUUCCGCAGUAAAAUUUGGCCAAACCUCCAACCAGUUUUUGGUUGCUUCCUCAUGGGAUGGUUUUAUUCGCUUGUAUGAUAUACAAGGCGAGACUCGUUGUAGAGCGAAGUUUGAUCUCGGCGGACCGGUUCUCGAUACCUGUUUUCAGGGAAGCAGCCAUGUAUGGAGCGCUGGAGUACAUCGCAGUGUUCGCUUGUUUGACAUUAACCAAGGUACAGAGCUUAAGGCAGGGUCUCACGAGGACACCGUAAGAUGCAUCGAAUACGCGUCAGAUGUGUCGCAGAUUGUCAGUGGCGGGUGGGACGGAGCCGUGAAGCUCUGGGAUCCGCGAAAACCUAUCGGCCCAAUUAGCUCGCAUUCACAGGACAAUAAAGUCUAUGCGAUAGCCAUUGCUGGUGAGCGAAUCAUCGUGGGAACUGCCAAUAGAAAAGUAUUAAUCUGGGACUUAAGAAACAUGGCGUUUGUACUACAGAAACGAGACUCGUCGCUUAAAUUCCAAACAAGAGCAAUAAAGGCUUUUCCGGAUAAAACAGGAUAUGUGUUAUCAUCGAUUGAGGGUCGAGUUGCUGUCGAGUAUCUUGAUCCGUCGCCUGAAGCUCAGAAAAAGAAAUACGCAUUUAAAUGCCACAGAAUGAAGGACCCAUCGACCAAAAUCGAGCAUAUCUACCCGGUAAAUGCUAUUGCUUUUCACACGGUGCACGGGACGUUUGCUACUGGUGGCAGUGAUGGUUUCGUCAACGUUUGGGACGGGCGUAACAAAAAACGACUUUGUCAAUUUCAUAAAUUUCCUACGUCAAUUUCGUCGCUUGCAUUUUCACCCGAUGGAAGCGCACUUGCUAUCGCGGCAAGCUUCCAGCAUGAGUACCGUCUGGAACAGAAUCAACAGCCACCUGCUGACCAGAUUUACAUUCGACACGUGACGGAUCAAGAGACAAAGCCCAAAUAAGAACAAUUCAAGUUUCCAAAGCGAUACACCGGAACUUGGCUAUGAUGAUGAUGAUUAUUAUACGACUAGAUGAGCGACGUUAAACAAGAUAAUGUUGACGUGAAGGGAGAACAGACGAGGCCAAAAACAUGAGGUGGCGAUGCGAGCGGGGUUCCUUUAAAAUUUUAGAAGCAGAGCCAAUUAUAAAUUCGUUUGUAAUGUAUGGAGAGGUGUGAUUUCGGGGUGAGAUUUGUAUAGUCUAAAAUUCUUUGAAGUUAAGGAGGAAAAGAGGAUAGUUCGUAGGGAAUCAUUGAAUAGCCCUUGCUGGAAACACUCUUAAUGCAUGAGACUCUGUAUAUUUAAAAUGUGUCGUCGAAGAAGGUAUUCAUGAGGUGAGAUUCCCAUGAAUUAUAUGAAUGAGUUUUGUCGACUACUGGUGUAGAAAUGGGCAUUGUGGGACAAAAGAGCUCAAGCCGUAAUAUAAGAAAAUUUGAGGCAACUUAAAGCGUCUUGCGAAUACUUUUUACGAGGUUACGAGUUUUGUAAUGUAUUCCUCACCGUGACACUGUAUGCAUGACCGUGAUGGAUAUGCUAACAUAAAACGCCUAGAUAAUGAUGUUCUAAGAACUCUAAAAGUGAGUAUAAAGCGACAUUUUCAAGUAAGCAUUUUUAUUGUUUUCGUUUUAAGGCUUGCCUUUCUUUGGAAAGCUGUUAGUUUUAUAGAAUACAGUGGAGUAGUUUUGUGGCCCGCAAAAAGCUACCAAAGUAUUUGACGACUAGGUAAGUUGCAUAUUAGGUUAUUUCAAGUCAUAUAGCAGUUUUAUCAUUCUAUAAAGUUGUUAUAAUUAUGACGACAAGGGCCAAAAAUCGACACCUACAUUCGAGUCCUUGGAUGCUAACGAGCUAUUAAACAAAAGCAAACGAGACGACAGCGUAUACAGGCAAAACAAAGAGGUUGACCAAAUACAACCAUACAGAAUGUAUGACGUGCUUUGCUGAAAAGAAGUAAUAAAAAAACUUGUAUAACAUGAUUAUGGGAAA